UAAGUUUAGGCUCAAAACGAGCCUCUUCGGUAACAUUUGGAAUUACACAUGCGAAACGUUUUCCAGUUUCUGUUAAAACAAUUGUUUUACCUGAACGUAUGACAUAUCGAAUACUAUUAGAUGGAGUUGAUGUAACGCCAAAAUUUUUGACACCACCAUCGGUACAAUCCGAAGAACAUGAAGUAGCCACUCAUGAUAUGGCAAAAAUUAGUGAAAAUACAUUUAGUGCACAACAAUCAGCCUUUCAUACACAGUUGCAUUAUCAAACGGUACGUGCUGAGCAUAAUUUUUUAUCACAGCAUGGUACGGCAAUUACAAUUACAGGGGCAACAAGCCAUAUAGAUUUACAAGAAGCACCUUUUCAUGCAUAUGCAAGCGAAGAGGAUAUUGUCAAUCAAUAUUCAAAAACAUCUUUAAAUUUACCACCAUUAGUUAUUAAUGAAAGUUUACCACAAAAAAUUAAUUUAACUUUAACUGAAACACCGAUUAUAUAUUUAUUUGAGUUAACAAGUACCAUCGAACCAACUGGAACACCAGAGAGUAAAGAUGUCUCACGUGAUAAUGAAUUGUAUGACUUUAUCACCAAAGGUAAAGGACGCAAUCGGAAAGUAGUGAAUGCAGAAUCCCAAACAAGUGUUAUAAUUGUAAAAACUCGAUCUACAAAUAUCAUUCGUUCAAAACAAAUGCAUAGUGAUGCUUUUGCCUCUGGUUGGGAUAUGUUAGAUUCCAGAAAAGUGAUACCAGUAAAAGAAGUAGACGAAAUUGUACAAAUAGAUCCAAUUGCCGAAGAACAGAGAUUAAAAGAUAUGUUGAAUGAUGUACCAAUAAUAACUAAUGACUACGAAACACAAAUGAGACGUAUACAUGCUUUACAAUCAUUUAAAAUUGCUACUAUGAUUAUGGAACGAAUAUUGGAUGCGAAUAUUUUCAAAAAAGAACAAACACGAAUUCGAGGUCUUUUUCCACCGAAUCCAUUUGAGGAAGAAAUUGAAUUUAAAUAUCGAUUAGAUUUACUUUGGGUAUUCACAAACGAUCAUGUACUCAAUCGACCAAUUUGCAUGAUUGUUUUAAACCCAAAAAAUGAAGAUAUUAUCGCUGUUGGAUAUGGAAAAUUUCUUUUUAAGGAAGGUAAAAAAGGUGCCGUUUGUAUAUGGAAUAUAAAAAAUCCAUCACAACCAGAACGUUUUUAUAAAUUUUCAGUACCAGUAACGGCUGUUGCUUUUGGUAAAAGUAAUCCGAAUUUAUUAACUGUUAGUUUUUAUGAUGGUACGCUGAAAGUAAUCGAUAUUACUCACAUUGAUGUAAAGUUAGUUGCUUAUACUACUAGAUACACAUCUAAUUCAGUUGGACCGAUUUUGUAUGUAGAUUGGGUUCAAAUUGGUGAAUCGAUAAAUGAUGAACGUAUUAUGUCCGUGGACGAAUGUGGUCGAGUAACAUUGUACCGUAUAGGUUCUACACAAGAGUUAACUGGGAUUUGUAUAAUGCAUGUUAAUCGUUUAGAGGGAAAACUUAAAGGUAUAUCACAACUUAAGCCUUGUACGCAAUAUCCAAUACCAAUAUCUGUAUAUGCAGCAGUCGAAUGUUUUACGGAUGUACCCUACGAUCCAGCAUUGUAUAUGGUUGGAACCAAUAUGGGAACAGUGCAUAAAUGUUCAAAAUACUUUUUAAAUCAACAUAUUGACGUAUUUUUAGCUCAUAAUGGUCCCGUAUACCAAAUAAAAUACUCACCAUUUUGUGAUCGAAUCUUUUUAACAUGUGGUGCCGAUUCAGCAAUUAGAUUAUGGUCGGAUAAUGUGUAUGAACCAUUAGUUACACUAACUGUCCCUUUUUUCCCAAUACAAAUGGCAUGUUGGAAUCCAUGUCAUAGCACGAUCAUUGCCGGAGUUGCCGAAUCAUCUGUUUAUAUUUGGGAUAUACGAAAAAAAACAUAUUUACCAGCAAGUGUUACACCAUCUCCAAGUUCAGCUCGUCUAACUACUAUAGCGUUUACAACAACUGGUCGUAAUGUAAUGAUUGGGGAUGCAGAAGGGAAAAUUCACUUGUUCACUUUAGAGAAUGUACCAUUCCCACCUUUCUAUCAGAGUGAUGUGUUGAUACAUUGUAUUAAAAUGGCGCUUGUCACACGGCCAGAUGUAAUACGAUUAUUAAAGAAAAAAUGGACAGAGUUUGAGAAAAUGAUUGCAUUGUAUGAUGAUAAGGGUAAAAUGGGUGGUGUUGUCUUUGAUUAA